UUUUAUAUUUUUUUCAAAGGAAUUUCAAAUGUGAGACGAUUCAAAUAUUUUUUUACAAAAGAUGUCUUCUUAUCCCCUCUCCACAUCAACUUCCUCGUCAGCAUGGGGUCCUGGCUAUAUUCCUUCAAGUAUUGGCUACACCGACCGAAUACAAGAACAAUGGUCUAGAGAAUUUGAUCCUACGCGUCUUCACAAAAAUGAGAUUUCUGGAGGUCCAAUGACCAAAAGCUACGAGAAUUUAGUUCGCAACAUUUUCCGUCCUGAGCAAGCUGAAGGUUAUGGUGGUGGCUUUCCUCUCCCUCCUUCUUUUGCUCCACCCAAUGGACAACAAGGAUUAUUAAAUGCUAGUCAAAGAAUUCUUGGUGUUGAUAAUCGGCCAAAAAUUAGUGCUGCUGCUAUGAGACGAGUAGAAUCACAAUUAGGGAGAGAUGCUUUGGAUGAUUCGAAUGAUGAUCAACUAUGGAAAUCGCCUUUAGACGAAAUUUAUGCAGAAUUAGGCAUUAGCAGCAGUGGGUUAUUGGAUAGCCGCCCUUCAUUGUUUCCAGUUUAUACGCCAAAGUCAUCUACAGAAUACUUCUCUACAGCAACAGCUAAUCCAAGUUCAAUUCCUUCUCAUCGAAGUUCAGCGCUGGGAACUUACAGGUUGGGCGCCCCCUCCUCUCUUCGCCCAAUUUCUACAUGUUCAUCUUCAUCCACAACAGGCUGGGAUUCUUUGGAAGGCGAAAAAAGAGGUUUUGGAAAUUGGCGAAAUACUGAUAAACAAAUGCUUUUUGAUUGCUCUUCAACAAAUUCCCAGUCUCCUUUUGCUUCACAUUUAUAUGGGGGUGGUUCUGUUAGACGUCAAGACUCGAGAAUUGUUGGCUCCAAUUUUGUGCAAUUAACGCAGAGGCCAAAAGACCGAUUUUUGGAAAAGAUUGACAAAACAUUGGCUGAUGUUCGUUCUGAGCCGCGGUACUAUCGUUCAUGAGAAAGAAGGAAUGUGUGAAGAGAUGAUGUAAUGUGGACAACAAUAAAUGCAACAACGGUAAUUUUUUUAAAUAUUUUUAAAAAAGGAAAGGAUCAUUUGUGAGAGAGAGAGAUUAUCUUGACAAAAAAGAUAAAAAUAAAUUUCCAAAUUUUUUUUAAAAAUUUUAAGAAAAUUGAAAAAUAUUUUUCAGCAUAAAAAUGCAAAUAAAAAAAUUUUUUACAUUGGGGGAUAUUCUGUUAAUUGUAAUUGGGGUUGUGAGUCUUGACCGAACCGAGGAACCGCUGAUUUUUCGGUUAUUUUUGGAUAUUUUUUAUUAUUCUUCGGUUUUGUUUUGGAUAUCCGAAGAUUUCCAGGAACUAACAACCCUAAUUGUAAGCAAGAGUGUUUUUAAGGUCAAGUUAGAA